UAGCGACAGUUCCUCGUUCUCACUCCUUCGAUGAUUGAAAUUAUAUUGAGAUUUUACUUUAAAAAAAAACAAAAGUCUUAUUCAACCGUACCUACCUGUAUUUUGUUAGGUACCUAUUUAUUAGAAAUCUCAAUCAAAGGUUUAAAAUCAAGUCCGAAAUGAAAAGUUUUCUAGCCGAAUGAAUUGGUUUGUUUUUAUUGUCAACUUGAUCAUCUGUGAAAGUUAUGAUAAGAUUUACUCAUAAAUUCAGUUAACACUGUUAAUUAUUAAUCAGUAUAAGUAGUCCUAUGUAAAAAGUGAGAGAUGUCAAAUUAAUGAUGGUAAAUGAUAUCAAGUUGACUGGCGUUAUAGUAGUUUGAACAUUAGACAUAGAAUCAUCAACAUGAACGAUAAUUAUGUACAUGUUGAUAACAAUGUAUUCUAUGUUUCUGAAAAUAUUAUAGGUCCAUGUGACCAGAGUGCUGAUUACAAGCUAUUGGAUAAUGAAUUUAACUCAGUGUAUGAGGAGCAUUGCCAUUGUAAGGAGAUCUGUGUCCAAGCAACUUGCUUGUGUCUUCAGAGAUCCUGUGGUGACAACUAUCUUAUUUGUGAGACUGAUGGUCAGUUGAAGAACAAAGUUAAAUCAUAUCCAAUCUUUGAGUGCAGUGACAGCUGUUCUUGUUCAACAGAUUGUGGUAACAGGGUUGUACAAAAAGGACCUUUUGAAGGCCUUGAUAUCAGGAGAUGUGAGAAAGGAUUUGGUCUUUUUGCAACAUCUUUUAUUCCCUCUGGAACAUUCAUAUGUGAAUAUGCAGGAGAAGUAAUUACUCCAAGCCAGGCAUCUGUAAGACACCAUAACAAUAAGUUGCAAGGCAAAAUGAAUUACAUAUUUUAUCUUAGAGAGCUCUCUGGGCAUCAUCCUAUAGUGACUAUUAUUGAUCCAAGUACAUUUGGUAAUAUUGGAAGAUAUAUCAAUCACAGUUGUGAGCCCAACUGUCACAUUGUCCCGGUUAGGUGUGGUAGUCCUAUUCCGAAGCUAUCAAUAUUUGCCUUUGCAGAUAUUUCACCAAAUGAAGAAAUAACAUUCCACUAUGGCUUGAAUGAUGAUAAUAAUCCUGCAGUAAUGAGUGAUCGCAUUCCUUGUUUGUGUAGAAGUAAGAAUUGUUGUGGUUUUAUGCCUUUUCACAUUUAUUAAGUGUGUAUGAAGAAAAGGAGGACUGGAAACAGAAAAGGAAUUAUUUAUAAAAAAAACCUUAUGUAACUAUACAGAAGCUGAUAAAAAUGUAACAAAAAUAUAGGUAAUUAUUUAUAAACCAAAACAAUAAAAAAGCAAGUAAUUUACUAAAUAUCUUUUUUUUUUGUUAAAAUAUAAGCCUACUGAUGUAUGAAAUAUAAAUUAAGUAUCUUUUAUAAAUCUUUGUACAUAUAAGAAUAAAUAACAGUCACAGUA